UAAACAAAAACCACGUGGUUUGAAAGUGACGUGACAGAACCAGGAAGUGUGCGCAGAAGGGACACGACAACAAUACAUAAACAUGGUGUCUCUGAUCUGCACCUUACAAAGUCAUCGAGAUGAUGUGAACUGCUGUGCUUUCUCCGGCUCACUGCUGGCCACCUGCUCCGCGGACAAAAGCGUGUGUGUUUACUCCAGCCGAGACUUCAGCGAGCUGCCCUUCUCCCCGCUGACCGGGCACGGCUACGGAGUCCAUUGCUGCUGCUUCAGCGCCUGCGGUCAAUACCUGGCCUCCUGCUCCACCGAUGCCACCACCGUGGUGUGGUCGAUGGACACCGGAGAGAUCGAGGCCAUCCUGGAGCAUCCGGGCCGGAGUCCGGUGAGGGUGUGCGCCUUCUCUCCAGAUUCAUCUUACCUGGUGUCAGGAGGGUCCGAUGGGACCAUCGCACUGUGGGAAUUUACCUCCAGGACACUGCGCAGGACUGGUGCGGUGACUGACACCAGUAUAGUGGCCUGCUCUUUCACUCCCUGCGGUCAGCUGUUUGUCACCGGCUCCACAUAUGGUGACCUGCGACUGUGGGACCUGGAUAUGAACCAUCUCCAUGCGGAGAAGAACGCCCAUGACCUCGGGGUCUCCUGCUGUCAGUUUGCUCCUCAGAUAAUGAAGGGCACAGAUGGCUGUGUUCAGUUUCAUCUGGCCUCAUGUGGACAGGACAGUCUGUUGAAGAUAUGGAUUGUUUCUCUUUUGUCUGCUGCAGGCAUUAAGAUGCAGCUCGCUCACACUCUGGCGGGUCAGUCUGCUCCGGUUCUGUCCUGUGCUUACUCUGCUGAUGGACAGAUGUUGGUGUCAGGAUCGGUGGAUAAGACCGUGACUGUGUAUCAAGCUAACCAAGGCAUCUUACUUUACACACUUAACCAGCAUGACAGGUAUGUGACGGCCUGUGCCUUUUCCCCCACGGCCCCUCUCAUCGCCACCGGCUCCAUGGACAAAAGCGUUAAUAUCUGGAAGGUAGAGGAUGGCAGCAGUGCUCAGGGCAAAUCUUUUCCUGAUGAAGCUGCUUCAGUUUCCAGCAGUGAAGGAAGGAAGUCAUGUGGACACUCCAGACUGAUGGUGAGCGAGUGGUCUGAGGAAGAUGUGUUGGCAUGGUUACGUGAGGAGGGGCUGGAGGCCGCGAUCGACGUGUUUAAAUCCAAUAACAUCGAUGGAGAGGAGCUGCUCUCUCUCACCAAGGAAACCCUCAGCUCUGAGCUGCACAUUGAGUCUCUGGGCCUGCGGAGUAAAGUCAUGAAGAAGAUCGAGGAUUUGAAGAUGGCACCCGUCUCUAACGGCACUCCCGACGAGUACCUCUGUCCAAUCACACGUGAGAUCAUGAAGGACCCAGUGAUCGCUGCUGAUGGCUACUCAUAUGAACGGGAGGCCAUUGAAAGCUGGAUCAGCACGAAGAGCCGUACCAGUCCUAUGACCAACCUGCCCCUGCAGACCACCCUGCUGACACCCAACCGCACUCUGAAAAUGGCCAUUUUCCGAUGGACCACUUGUCAGUGAGCUCUGAUAAUACUGACCCUAGAUCAAGUCAGGCGAGUGAGACUUCACUGUGUGUGAAUACAUGUAGGUUAAGUGCAAAUGAAUGCAUAAACUAAGAUACCAGGCUAAUAAUCGGGUUUUUGUAUGCUAUGCUGGUACAUAAGCAAACUAAUACAGACAUUAGUCAUUAUAAUGUAGUUCAAACAGCUUUAUCAUAACAUUAUUUUGUUAGAAUUGUAAUCAGGGGCUAAAGAGAGUACCUAU